AUGUUCUUCAAAAGGCGAUCAAGGGCCAAUUCCUACGUCGAGAACGAACCCAACCCCCGCGCCCAGUCGUUUGACGAGUACGCAGAGAAACGCCCCGAGUCGAGUCGCAAGGAGUCGCACCACAGCCAGCCACUAUCGCUUGAUGACCAAGACAUGUACCCCCGCCAACAGCAACCCCAGGAGCCCGCGUACGCUCAGAGUACUCCCACCUCCCACAACGCCAUGCCCAUGCGAACCCAAGCAGUGCCCCCGACCUCGGCCAGCCAGACCCCAAUGGGGCUCGGCAUGCCCGACCUGCUGACGGCCGCCUUCAACCAGGCCGUCCAGCCCUACACGGAGAAGAUUGAGCAGCUCGAGAGCCAGCUCGCCGACCUGCAGGCCUGGGUCGACCAGCUCGAGCAGCAGCGCGCCGAGGUGCACAACUGGAUCGACAAGCGCGGAUUGCGACCAGAUGUCCCCGCUUCCAUUGCAAAGAUCAUGGACACCACGACGGCUGACGCGGCACCUACGCUCAACGCCCAACUCGAUCGCAAGAUUACCAUUGUCAACUUUGACCUGCACCGUCUGCAGGACGAUCUCAACGACUCCAUCUCCUCGUCGCACUUUGCCUCGGCCAUGCUGAAGUUCCUGCCCGACAUUCAGCGUCUGACGCUGCUUCCGUCGGGUCCGCGCUACGCCUUCGACCUCAUCCUCAAGCUCGGCGGCAACCUCAACUCGCACGGCGGCAUCGACAGCGCCGACGCCGAGGACAUUGCUGCCCGUCGUGACUUUUACAACAGGCUCGACGAGACCAUGGUCGACGUGGUCCAGCGCCGAUUUGGCGAGGGCGAGGGCUGGGACGUCAAGCGCGAGAUCAAGCGCAUCGAGAAGACGGCCAGCUACCUCAAGACUUAUGGCGUCGAGCCCUACUUCCCCUCGACGCUCGACAUGAUGAAGCGCGAGAUGGAGUUCCAGCCAAACGCGCCCCCCAUGGCCAACGGCACAGGCACUCCGCCUCGCUACCACUAA